AUGCUAAGGGUCCAGGUCCAGGUCCAGGUCCACAGAUGGUUUACGACGACGACAUGUUUGCGUUCACAUGAGAACCCACUAAGCUUACCACGGUUGAAACAGAAGGAUGGAGGAGCCCCCGCGAUGCCGAAGAGCCAAAAGGGCCUCCCCAUCAAACAGAAUAUACCAAACGUCAAAAACAUCAUCCUCGUAUCCUCAGCCAAAGGAGGCGUGGGCAAGUCAACCGUCUCGGUCAACACUGCCUUGGCACUCCAUAAUUUGGGGCACAAAGUUGGGAUCUUGGAUGCCGAUGUUUUUGGUCCUUCGAUACCGAGGUUGAUGAACCUCAAGGGCGAGCCACGGCUAUCUCAAAGCACGGGCAAACUCCUCCCCAUGUCCAAUUAUGGGGUCCAGACCAUGUCAAUGGGCUAUCUCAUCAAGGACGAACAGGCGGUGGUCUGGCGUGGCUUGAUGGUCAUGAAGGCGUUGCAACAGUUGCUAUUUGAAGUCGAGUGGUCGCCCGUUGACUACUUGGUGAUAGACAUGCCACCUGGUACGGGGGACACUCAAUUGUCAAUCAGUCAGCUAUUGAGAGUCGCGGGAGCCAUUAUCGUGUCUACACCGCAGGACAUUGCUUUAAUCGACGCGGUCAAGGGCAUCGCCAUGUUUAACAAGGUGAAUAUCCCUAUAAUUGGCAUGGUUCAAAACAUGAGCCAUUUCAUUUGUCCAAACUGCAGUCACGAAUCGCAUAUUUUCAAAAGCGAGGGAGCUGUUAAAGUGGCGAAAGAGCAUGAUUUGAAGAUUUUGGCAAAUAUUCCGUUGGAUGAGAGCAUUUGCAUCCAAUCUGAUCUUGGUAAGCCCAUAGUAGUCUCAGAACCAGAUAGCGCCAUAUCAAAGGAAUACAUAGAUGUUGCGAGGGCAAUUACGGACUUUUCUUGA